AUGAAGAAAGAAGUGGCACCAUGUUGGGACCUCGCGGUCACGGUGCUGCGAGCGAAGUUCAGCUCUUCGCAUGACUACUUUUCUCAGUCUGACCUCUACGUGAUCUUGAGAAUGCCCACGGCCUCGGUGGAUACUGUGAGAACUAAAAGCAUUCCAAACUCCAAUUCACCUGAGUGGAACGAGACCUUCCACUUCCGUGUGAACAGCCACGUCAAGAACAUUCUGGAGCUAGACGUAUAUGAUGAGGAUCUCCGGAAAGACGACCUCUGCAUUAGGCUCUUCUUCGACAUCAGCAACCUCACACUGGGAAAGAAGGAGACCAAGGUCUUCAUCACUGAUGACAAGAAAAAGGAUGAGCUGUGGGUGGAUUUCGAGAUCACAGAGUGCCCUGAAGCAUCUCGAGAAUAUCUCUCCAAUGGAGUUCUUGUGGCAGCUAAGCUUUCCAUCGUGGAGGUGAAGAUUGACAAACUGCCACCUGAGGUCGGGAAGAACAUGCUGUUAACAUUGCGAGGGGCGUAUAACCAAGAUCAAAUCAUCUCAACUGCCCAGAAAAGCAACCUCAUGCAGACUCUCCGUUACUACAUCAGCAAAGACCUGGAGCCCAUGAUUGAACUUCAAGCGGACGGGAAGGAGGCAAGUUCCACUUCACCCCCGGUGUCCCCGCUGUCCAAUGAUUCCACAUCAGAGUACACCUUCUCUUUUCCCAAAGUAAAGGAUACAGUGAAUUUGCAGGUGAACACAGUAGAGAGCUCCGAGGAGGACAUGAAGGUGCGUCUGGAUUUUGACAUACCUGCAGAGGAGAAGGCCUUUCUGGAGAAGAGGAGAGAGGUGGUGUCUCGUGCACUGCAGAAAAUACUCAACCUCAAAUCUCCCCUCCAUCCCAGUAAGGUGCCAACAGUAGCUGUGGUGUGUACAGGAGGUGGCUCCAGGGCCAUGACAGGCAUGUUCGGCUGUCUGAAAGGACUGCAGAGUCUUGGUUUGCUGGAUGCCAUCAGCUACAUCACCUCUUUGUCUGGCUCCACCUGGACUAAUGCGUAUCUAUACAAUGACCCUCAUUGGUCAGAGAAAGACCUGGAUGAGGCAAUUAAUUCUGUCAAGAAGGAACUCUCUAAGGGUACCAAAACUCUGUUUGGACCCACCCGGCUGCGCUAUUACUACUCCGAGCUGCGGCAGAAACAGAAGGAAGGUCAUAAUAUCUCUCCGAUCGACAUGUGGGGCCUCAUUAUAGAAAACGCUAUUUAUGGAAAGAAAAACACAGCUACACUGUCUGACCAGCAGGGGGCGGUCUCUGAGGGCCAGAACCCUCUGCCAAUCUACACAGCUGUCAACAUGAAAAGGGAUGCUGGAGGCUCAGUAAUAUCUGAGUGGUGUGAAUUUACACCAUAUGAGGUGGGAUUCCCCAAAUAUGGAGGCUUUGUGCCUUCAGAACAUUUCGGGAGCGAGUAUUACCUCGGUCAUCUGGUUAAGAAACUACCUGAGAUACGCGUCUCCUUCCUUUUGGGCACGUGGAGCAGUGUCUUCUCUGCGAGCCUGAUGCUGCUCUGGAAACAUGUGACUGGAUCGAUGCCGUCCUGGACUUCAUGGCUGGGGGAAGAUGCUUCUAGCAUCGAGACAGAUGAUGAUAAAUCAACCCUGGAUACCGUGGUGCUCGGUUCACAGACUUCGACACUGAGCGACUUCAUGCACGGGCGUCCCAUGAUCUGCAAAGUGUACAACUUCCUGCGAGGAUUCUUCCUACACAACAAGUACAGCGAACGCUCCACCUUCAACACCAGAAAAGAGACAAACCUGGACGCGUUUCCGAACAGGCUGACCCCGAUGGACCGCACCCUUGACUUGGUAGAUGCUGGAUUUGAAUUCAACUCCGCCUUCCCUCCUGUGCUGAGGCCAGAAAGAAACGUCAACGUCGUUCUGUCUCUCAGCUUCUCCUGGGAUGAGGAUCAUCUAAAGAUCCUUAAGGAGACUCAGAAAUACUGCGCUGACCGAGAGCUGCCUUUCCCAAACAUAGACUUCAGCAAGUUUGAUGGUGAGCCACCGAAGGAAGUGUACGUGUUUGAGGACGAGGAGAAUCCCGACGCUCCCAUAGUGGUCCACUUCCCAUUGGUCAACAUCUCCUUUAAAGAGUUUAAAGCACCUGGAGUGAAGAGACAGGGAAGGGAGGAACUAAAGGCCGGAAAUGUCGACGUGAGCUCUGGAUCUUCUCCAUACACCACAUCAAACCUCACAUACGAUUCCGAGGACUUCCAGAGAUUGGUGGACCUCACCUGUUAUAAUGUCUCCAACAACCUAGAGAGCAUUGUGUGUGCUCUAGAGAGAGCCCUGAACAGAAAAGAGCUCGCUGGCAAAGAAAAGUAAAAGCACAUUUACCACAGUAAAAACACUUCAGCACGUUACGUCAUUUUAUAUCUUCUAACGCUAAUAAUCAAGGAUAGCAUUGAUACAUAAUGUUAUAUUCAAAGCAUAAUAAUUGUAGCAGCAACUUGAGCUCUUACGGUUAGGGAAUUGACUGGAGGGUAAAAGAAUGAUCUGGAAAUGUAACUAAGCUCAACGUAAACUCUCGAUAAGAUCAUAUAAUCUUUUACGGUAAUCUUUUACAUCACUCAGUGUGUGUUAUCCUGUUAUAAUUAACUUACACUGGAAAUGUGACCCAGAUGGCUUGAUAAGGAAGUGCAGAAAGAGCUCUCCAACACAUUUCAGUCUCCUUCUGUGAGACAUUACAUCACUUUUAUAACCAAAAUUAACUUAGCUAAAUAAAAGCAAGUCUGUAUGGGAUUUUUAGUCCUGUAGCUGCAACUCCAAUUAACACCAAAUGAUCUCAAAGCAUGUUUGUUUAAUCUUGCGUUCAAUUCCAUUUCUAUUAUGUUAAGCUGUAUUGUAUUGUAUUGUAUUUGAGAUUCGAUUCGCUUUGUUCGGAUUUAAACGUCUGCUUCACGCCAGGUAAAAUUCUGGUCGAUCAGAAGGUGGUGCUUAAUAUUAGUUAUAGAUUUGUACGGAGGCUGCACAAUAUAAAUGGCUUUUAGUUAAUAAUACGGUGACGUUUGCUUUGUUUUGAAAGGAAGAUACAGUUACUGGUGCUUAGAAAAGACAGAACUCCAAGGAACUGACAAGCUGGGAUUUUUUUGUUUUGUUUUGUUAAACUUCAUGAGAGAGAAAAAAAGAGAAGAUGGUGAGAGUAGUUACAAGUUUCUAGUUUAUAGUAAUUGUUUCCUGGAGGUUUAUCUUAAGAUGAAAUUAUGUAAGAAGGCAAGUUAGCAAGAUUAAAAAAUGAGAAAACACACAAUAUAGAGCUGCACUGGUCUAAUGAAAUAAUGGCCACACUUCAUACAGAUGUAUUUUCGCUGUUUAUUUCUCGUCUCUUUCUCUCUUUUCAGCAUGUAAACUACAAAAAAAUAAAAAAUAAUAAAGGCAUAAGAUGUACAAAUAAACAUUUUUCAGUGUCCUUUUAAGUCUCUCGUGUAAAAUAUGCAAGUGAACAUGUGUUCAUCUCAACCAGAACAUGUGUCCUGUCACACCUCAAUAGCAAAUUUAACUUAAUGUGACCCUGGCUGUCCGUCCAUCCAUCCAUCCAUCCAUCCAUCCAUCCAUCCAUCCAUCUAUCUAUCUAUCUAUCUAUCUAUCUAUCUAUCUAUCUAUCUAUCUAUCUAUCUAUCUAUCUAUCUAUCUAUCCAUCCGUCUGUAUGUCUGCCUGUCUGUCUGCCUCUAAAUGAAUAAUGGAAUAAAUGUUGGCAAGUUGU